AUUUUCCAGAAGAAUGAGUCCACUGGCACUGUGCUACUGGAAAGAAGUGGGAAAGUUUCACAGUGCUCCCACGGGGGCUCCCAACUGGAUGACACUGAAUUGAGUGUUAAAAUAUCAGAGGAGAAGCUUUGGUCAACAGCUAAGACCAUCUGCGUCAGUAUGAAGAACACACUUAAGGAUUUCUUCACAGGGCUGAAGCCAUCCGGAUCCGAAAGGACAGAAAAUGCUUCUUCCAAAGAGACCCUUGGGGAAAUCCUGGUUGCUAUCCAGAGUGAAAUCUCAAACUUAGGGCGAAUGAAGGAUUCCAGGGAGCUCCUUCAGAUCAACGAUAUGGUAGGAACUAUGCUGAAGGAGGUUGAGAAAAGUGAGGAUGACAGUGAAGAAGUCUGCCAAGACAUCCCUAGAACCUGUUCAUCUUUGUCCACUUCUUUAAAGGGUCGUAGUUCCUUGUCCAGCUCUUCAAGCCUCUUUUCGAUCAUCCACUCCGUCUUUCACCAGCAAGGGAACCUCUUUGGUACCAAAGGGAGAUGGGAUUGACAUUGAAGAGAAGGAGGUGUGCAUCCCCAGCAGCUCUGGCCAUCUGAGGGAGCUCUUAAUCACCCCGGACAUCAGCAGUGCCACUGCAUUCCUACUGCAGUACUUGAUGGACUCCAGCAAAGAUGAUGUCAUGUGUUUGGUCACCAUACUGGUGAUACGGUUGCUAUCGAAGAUCAGACCCUCAGCCCUAGAUGGACCCUCCCAACAGGCAGCAGACAUGACAGAAACAUCUCAGCAACUCACCAGACAAGUCCUGUCUGAGUUCUGUGCUGCAUCCAGAUUCUCCAGGACACAGGCAUAUUCCCAGAACCUGCACAUCCACAGGGUGUUCAGAGGUGUACAUAAAAACCUCAUGGAGGAGUUUGGCUCUUAUAACACCCUGCAAGCAGCUAUUUCCUCCCAGGACCCUACAUUUGACAGAGUCCUGGUAAAGUCCUUGACCCAGCAGCUGGUACAGGGAUGCAAGGAGGCGUCAAGACCAGCUUCUGCUGCAACAAACCCAUCAGACCAGGCUGAGACAGAGAGGGGGGCUGAGCAGAAAGCAAGAAGGAGCUUCCUUUGCUUUUCAAUGACCAAACUCAGGAUCAACUUCAAGCGUUCCAAGAGAGGAAACAAAAAGGACUGCCAUUCAGUCCAGGAACAGACUGAGAUUCCCUCUACUGAUGGACAUUGCAUAGCAAUGAUGAAGCCAUUCAGGCGCUUCACCAAGAAGAACCUGUAA